AUGCAAGCCCUGCCCAAGGUCAUGCUGGUGAGGAACAGGCCCCGCCCCAGGACCACCUCUCCAAGCCCCACCUCUGCAACUUCUGCACUCACCAGAACUGCACUCACCAGAACUGCACUCACAGCCACAGAAGGGAAGAAGAGAAGGAAGAAUCAGACCCUGGGUCUGGGAACCAGAGUUGGAUUGGCAGUGGCUGCUGCUGUACUCCUGGCUGGGGUUUUGGGGUUGACAGUGUUCCUCGGGUGGAGGGGAAGGAAAGGACAGAGGACUAAAGCCGAAACCCCAGCCAGGGACCUCACUGAAAACACUGACAAUGUUGAACCUGAAGGACAAUAUAUGGACCCCAAAGAGAACCCCAAGGAUAACAACAUCGUGUACGCCUCCAUUGCCCGCUCAAGCCCAGCUUCCCCAGGAACACCACCCUGCCAGCCCGUCCAUGAAGACCCCCAGGAAGAGACUGUGUACUCCAUCGUAAAGACCAAAUGAGUGGGUCUGGGUGACGAUCUCAAAGUCACCUGUGCUUCUAGUAGGAAGACUCCCAGCUUCCACUGAUACCCACAGCCAGAGACAAAAUCUCAUGGGUCACUGAUACCCAUGGCCAGAGACAGAAAUCCACGUGUCAGGGCGUUUGAGCUCAGAGAAAAAUAGAAAUUCCAGUUCCUUUUUCUAACUUCCUAGACCUUUCUCACAAAUAAAACAAUCUAAAGAAUUUGCCUAAAUGAAUCUAACUAAGAGUAACUAAUGUGACUUUUUACUUCUGGCCCUCUAAGA